AUGAGAGAGGUCAUUUCUGUUCAUGUUGGCCAGGCUGGUGUCCAGAUGGGUAAUGCCUGCUGGGAGCUCUACUGCCUCGAGCACGGAAUCCAACCCGAUGGACAGAUGCCCUCCGACAAGACCAUCGGCGGCGGAGACGAUUCCUUCAACACCUUCUUCUCGGAAACCGGCGCUGGCAAGCACGUCCCUCGCGCCGUCUUCGUCGAUCUUGAGCCCACCGUCGUCGAUGAGGUCCGAACUGGAACCUACCGCCAGCUCUUCCACCCCGAACAGCUCAUCACCGGCAAAGAAGACGCUGCGAACAACUACGCCCGUGGCCACUACACCAUCGGUAAAGAAAUUAUCGACCUUGUCCUUGAUCGAAUCCGAAAGCUCGCGGACCAGUGCACGGGUCUUCAGGGCUUUUUGAUCUUCCACUCGUUUGGUGGCGGCACUGGUUCCGGCUUCACGUCGUUGCUCAUGGAGCGACUGUCCGUCGACUAUGGCAAGAAGUCCAAGCUCGAGUUCUCUGUCUACCCUGCACCUCAAAUCUCCACUGCUGUUGUUGAGCCCUACAACUCCAUUCUCACCACUCAUACCACGCUCGAGCACUCCGACUGCGCCUUCAUGGUCGACAACGAGGCCAUCUACGACAUCUGCCGACGAAACUUGGACAUCGAACGACCCACUUACACCAAUCUCAACAGACUCAUCGGCCAGAUCGUCUCCUCCAUCACUGCUUCUCUCCGAUUCGACGGUGCUCUCAACGUCGAUUUGACCGAGUUCCAGACCAACUUGGUCCCUUACCCUCGAAUUCACUUCCCUCUCGCUACCUACGCUCCCGUCAUCUCUGCUGAAAAGGCCUACCACGAGCAACUCUCCGUCUCCGAAAUCACCAACGCUUGCUUUGAGCCAUCAAAUCAAAUGGUCAAGUGCGAUCCUCGACACGGCAAGUACAUGGCCUGCUGCCUCCUUUUCCGAGGAGACGUCGUUCCCAAGGAUGUCAACGCCUCCAUCGCCAACAUCAAGACAAAGCGAACUAUUCAAUUCGUCGACUGGUGCCCAACUGGAUUCAAGGUCGGAAUCAACUACCAGCCGCCCACUGUCGUUCCAGGAGGUGAUUUGGCCAAGGUCCAGCGAGCAGUUUGCAUGUUGUCCAACACCACCGCAAUUGCUGAAGCCUGGGCUCGACUCGAUCACAAAUUUGAUUUGAUGUACGCCAAGCGAGCCUUUGUCCACUGGUAUGUCGGAGAGGGUAUGGAAGAAGGAGAAUUCUCUGAAGCCCGAGAAGAUUUGGCCGCUUUGGAAAAGGACUACGAAGAGGUUGGAAUCGACUCGAUCGAGGCAGAAGAUGGCGAAGAAGAAGAAUAUUAA